AUGGCCUCCGAUCCCACCCACUUGGUGCCCCACGUGCUCCACACUGACGAUGGAUCCAACGGAACGAGGAAAGUGAAGAAGCUGGUUUGCGACACUUGCAGGAAGGCUCACAGCCAGUUUUGUGAGGGGACUAAUCCAUGCUCGCGUUGCAAGCGGUGCGAGCUUGAUUGUACACUUCCCAAAGAAACAUCACCAGAGAAUUCCACGACAAACGAAACGCACCAGACCUGCCAUACGUUCAUCGCUACAAGCCCUUCACCUUAUGGUGCAACCCCUCCACUCGCUCGACAUACCUCCCGCAUCGAACCAAACCCGUACUCUAUUGUUCGUGAGAACUGUCUGGCGAGGAAGUAUCGGGUUUUUGGAGAGAUAAACUAUUAUCGUUCCUUGAUAACGAAGGCCGCGGAAAAUCCUCAAUCUGUAUUGUCCUUUUUGCAGCGUUGGGACGCGGAGAUGUGCCUCGCUAAGAUCAAAGAUGAGCCAGAGCGCCUCGAUUCACUCGAUCGUGGACUGUACUGCCUGGAACGCCUAGAGUCUCUGGCAUGCUACGAUGAGGCAGAACGUCGCAAGUUUGUGAUGGCGUCACUCGAUACUGAGGCGAAACGCCGCGAGUUGCUGGCGGCGGCACUCUAUGCUAGUGGGGUGCAACCCCUUGAUCUGGAAGAGCCGACUCACGAUGCGUGGCCGAAAUCUUUCAGAGGAAAUUCCGUCGAGCCCUGCCGUAGCCCCGCUCGAUCCUAUAACCCUACCUCCCCGGCACAUGUUGGAGAAGCAUACAGUCGACCCGCCUAUGCCACAUCAUAUGCUUCAUCGUCUUCUGCGGUCCAGAGCUCCUCCACAAUCCAGGACUCUUCUUGGAAGGGACUGCAGGGAGAAGGUUUUACGCGACCGAGCUGCCUCAGAACUCAACACCCCAACACGUUUGGGACCCACCCUGGGACGCCCACAUAUAACGACCCCGAGGCCAUAGUGAAGACUUCAUUGCCUGAACAGUCUUCGGUCGCCCAUAAGCCGCCCAUGACCCUAAACAGCUUUUUGGGGACCCCGCAGAAUACAGAUACAGAACAUGUGAUGGCGCAUCUAAACCGAUUCGACCGCCAUAUUCAUAACCAAGUGAAAGUACCGUUUGACAUCGUUCUUGAAGACGGAGAGGGCAGUCAAGCCGUUUGGAACUCUUGGACCCCGCCCACUCUCACGCUGGGAAAUGAUGGCGGUGGCCCUGGAACUAUGAUAGACCGUCAUAGCCAACUCCAUUGGGACAAUACUGAGAGUGUAGGCCCUCAGGGCCCGCCUAUACUGGAGAGCAGUGGCGAUGGCUCCGGAAUCAUCAUAGACCAUGACCAACCCCAUUGGGAGAAUACUAUUGGAGGUGGUGGGCAAUUUGUCUUGGACCUCUACAGCGGGCCCAUCCUGGGAAAUGGCGGCGACGGUCCUCAAAUCACUGCCGACCAUCAUAGCAAUCAUCAUUGGGAGAAUAUUAAUGGAGGAGAUGACUUCCAUGGCCCGCUCUCACCGGUGGAUAGCGAUGGUGGACCUCAAAUUAUCUUCGACCCCUCCGGUCCACCACAUUGGGAGAAUACCAACGAUGGCGCUACUCAGGCCGUUGUGCACCUCCACGCCCCAUCCAUCUUAGAGAACAGUGGUGGUGGUGAUCAUAGACCAUGGUCAGUCUCAUUGGGACCGUACUGA